AUGGCAUUGUUCCCUUUGGGGCUGUGGCCCCUGCUCCUGGCCUGCUGGACCCUCCCUCCCGCUCCCGCUGCAGAGUCCCUGGCCCUGGUGAGGGGUGGAAACCGCUGCGAGGGCCUCCUGCAGGUGCAGUCCCUGGGGCAGCAGGGCCUGGUGUGUGGGGACCGCUGGGGCCCGCGGGAGGCAUCUGUGAUUUGCAGGCAGCCGGGCUGCGGUCGUGCCCUCUAUGUCCCCAUAUACGUGGUGUGGCCCCAGGAGGCUCAGCAGUCCUUGCUGCAGGGCGUGCAGUGCCAGGGUGUGGAGGCCUCGCUCUGGGACUGCUCCCUGGGGAAGUGGGGGUCGCUGCACGGCUGUGAGUGUGAGUGCAUUGGUGCAGCCCACUGCUCAGGGCCCACUCAGAAGGCUCCAAGCUCCUGGAUCUGCCCCAGAUUUCGGCACCCCUGUCCCGCUCAGGCUCUGGCUGGGACCCUGCCCUUUCCCCUCUGCUGGAUUGUUGGAGGAAAGCUGGCCUCCUUGGGGCUGAGUGGCGGAGGCAGCCCCUGCGCGGGAACCCCCAUGAUCCGGAUAACAGAAGGCUCUGUGAUAAGGUGCAGCUUGCACCAGGAGGCCAGCAUCUUCUGCAGAAGGCUGGGGUGCGGCCCGGCGCUCCAGCAUCCAGGCCCCACCUCACAGGGCACCCAGGCUGGCUGGGCUCAAAUCAUUUCCUGCCAGGGAACAGAGUCCAGCAUCUUCAACUGCAGGUUCAACCUGAACUUCCUGGACCUCUGUGACCUCCCAACAGACUCUGAGGUGGUGUGUGCAGGACACGCCGAGGCCCGGCUGGUGGGCGGCGAGCACCCCUGCGCCGGGCGCCUGGAGGUGAGGCGGGGCCUGACCUGGGGCACCGUCUGCGAUGCGGACCUGGACCUGGCCACGGCCCACGUGGUGUGCCGGGAGCUGCAGUGCGGGGCGGUGGUGUCCACGCCCGAGGGCGCCCGCUUCGGCCGGGGCUCGGGGCCGGUGUGGACGGAGACCUGCCGCUGUGCGGGCAACGAGUCGCUGCUGUCUCACCCGCGGGGGCGCGGGAGCCAGUGUGGGCCCGGCCGCGACGCGGGGCUCAGGUGCACGGGGGAAAAGUUCAGGCUGGUCAAUGGCAGCAGCAGCUGUGAGGGCCGCGUGGAGCUCCAGGUGCAGGGGUCCUGGGCGCCCCUCUGUGCCACCCACUGGGACAUAGCAGAUGCCACCGUCCUCUGCCACCAGCUCAACUGUGGCAACGCGGUGGCCGCACCUCGAGGAGGCCAUUUUGGGGACGGGGACGCUGCCGUCUGGCCUGACGCGUUUCACUGUGAGGGGACAGAGCCCCACUUGUGGAAUUGCCCAGUAAGCACCCUGGGGGCCCCGGCCUGUGCCCCGGGAAACUCAGCCUCCGCGGUCUGCUCAGGUCUGCCCCACGCCCUGCGACUGAGGGAAGGACAGAGCCGCUGUGACGGCCGCGUGGAGGUCUCCCUGGACGGCGUGUGGGGCCGCGUCCUGGACGAUGCCUGGGACCUGCGCGGCGCGGGCGUGGUGUGCCGGCAGCUCGGGUGCGGACGGGCCCAGCAAGCCUAUGACGCACCUGCUCCCAGCCGCGGGUCGGUCCAGGUGGCGCCGAGCCGCGUGCGCUGUCUGGGCACCGAAACGCGCCUGACUCAGUGCAACGUGUCCGCGACCCUGCAGGAGCCCGCGGGGACCUCGCGGGACGCCGGCGUGGUGUGCUCCGGUGAGGGCGGAACCGCGUCCCCCGUGGCCCGUCGCCGCGGGGUCCCGGGCGCCCUGACUCUGUCUCUCCACAGGGAGCCUCAGGGUGCGGCUGGCCGCGGGGCCGGGGCGUGUGCGGGGCGCGUGGAGGUGCUGCACGGGGGCGCGUGGGGCACCGUGUGUGACGACGCCUGGGACCUGCGGGACGCGCACGUGGUCUGCAGGCAGCUGGGCUGUGGCCGCGCCCUGAGCGCCUUGGGGGCCGCCCACUUCGGAGCCGGGGCAGGGCGCAUCUGGCUGGACGAGCCGGGGUGCCAGGGCCAAGAGUCUGCGCUGUAGCGGUGCCCAUCGGCGGGCUGGGGCCAGCACGACUGCAGGCACAAGGAGGACGCCGGCGUCUUCUGCUCAGAGUUCACGGAUCUGAGGCUGCAGGACCACAGGCAGCCAUGCACAGGGCGGCUGGAAGUUUUCUACAAUGGGACCUGGGGUGGUGUCUGCCGGACCCUGAGUGCGGCCUCCCUGGGGGUCCUGUUGCAGGGAUGGAUGACCGGUCCCUGUGGCAGUGCCCGUCAGCCCCCUGGGACCAGUGUUCAUGCUCCAGCAGAGAGGAAGCGUGGGUCCUGUGCACAGAAAAGGCAGGAGAAGUUCCUGAGGACCCUGGGGAGACCCUCAACUGCUCCUCCUCGCUCGGCUGCCCAGGUACCCCUCUGUCCUUGUCCGUGUCCUCCUCCCCAUCCCGGUCCAGCCCCCGCAGUGACCGCAGCCCCCGUUCCGGAGGAGGGCGCACUGCGAGUGCGCGGGGGCGAGGACCGCUGCUCCGGGCGCGUGGAGCUCUGGCACGCGGGCUCCUGGGGCACCGUGUGCGACGAUGGCUGGGACCUGGCAGACGCGGAGGUCGUGUGCCGCCAGCUGGGCUGUGGUCGGGCCGUCGCCGCCCUGGGGGCCGCCGCCUUUGGCCCUGGCUCCGGGCCCGUGUGGCUGGACGAGGUGGGGUGCCGGGGCAGCGAGGCGUCCCUGUGGGGCUGCCCUUCGGAGCGGUGGGGACGCGGAGGCUGCGCGCACAAGGAGGACGCGCGCUGCUGGGAGCCUGGCCCAGGCCCCCCGCUGCCUGCAGCUCCCAUCCGGACAUUCUGGGCGGUCAGUGUCGUCCUGGGAGCCCUUCUUGGUCUUCUCCUUCUGGGCCUUAUGGCCUUUCUGAUUCUGCCUCGAGUCACACAAGCCAUGCAGAGGGGUCUAGGAAGAUCCGAGGCAUCUCUUGGAGAAGCCAUCUAUGAUGUCAUUGGGGAAAUGCCGCUAGCAGGACUGUACGAGGAAAUCAUGGAGGCCGAGGCCGAGGCCAUGCUCCAAGAUGAGGAGGACGAGGGUGUGGUGAAGGUGGACACAGAAGCCGCAGUUUCAGGGGAGGCGUCUAACCUCCUGGAGGGACAGUCUAUACGUAUGGAGGGAGGACACAGCAGACCUGUUUCUCAGGGAUAUGAUGAGGCUGCGUUUCCUCUGGAGGAGAUGAUGUUGUAA